GUUGCAAUGCGUGUAGAAAGCUGUGGGUACACACACUCCUAGUACAGUACAGCAAAUUCGCAAAUCGACUGAGACGCCCAAGCAAGCCGUGAAAAACGAGCAAAGUUUGGACAGUCUAGAUUUCUUCAAGACAAUCAAAGAAGCAAGAAUUUCUGAUCUUCUCUAUCUGGCAACACAGUUGGAUAUACAAGAGCAACAACAGCAGCAGUAGCAGUUGCAGCUUUCAAAGAGUUUGGCCCUCCAAGGCCAAGUCAAGACAGGCCAACUCAAUGCUGGCAUUCACUGUUCUCCUCUUAUCAGAGACUCAUUACAUAACAUAAAGACUCCCAGAGAGAUCCGCGCAUUAUUAUUAUGAGUAAUGCCAAUGUCGAGGCUUCUGCCAAUCACAGCGCCAGCCGAGGAGGCGUGGGCGGGGCCGAGGACGACGGACAGGUAGGCCACGAGCCACAGGUGGCCUCCUCGCGCCGCAGCAGCGGCAGCCUAUUGGCCGGCGGUGAGAAGAAGGCGUCCAAUGGGAAGAGGGAGGCCCGGGGUCCACAGCGGACCAACGUGGACGACACGGAGUCGAGCGGGAAUGACUCGGCCGAGCGGGAGUGCGGGGGACACGGGCGGCGAGUGGCCUCCACCUGCAGCUCACGCAACGGGAAGGACUCUGCCAUGGAGACUACGGAGAGCAAAAGCUCCAACAGCAACUCUCACAGCCCGUCUCCACCCAGUAGUUCCGUGGCGUACAGCAUGCUGAGCGGGGGCAGCUCUGAGCAGGACCCCCCCAGCACCAGCGGCUGCAGCAGCGACCGCCCUGCACGGCUGCAGACCCAGCGGGAGCUCCUACGCGCCCUCCGCGAGCUCAAGAUACGCAUGCCCCCCGACCACCGCGGCAAGGGGCGCUCCAGCACGCUCGCCUCCCUGCAGUACGCCCUCAACUGCGUCAAGCAAGUCCGCGCCAACCAGGAGUACUACCACCAGUGGAAUGUGGAGGAGAGCCACGGCUGCUGCCUGGACCUCUCCACCUUCACCAUAGAGGAGCUGGACAACAUCACCUCCGAAUACACCCUGCAGAACACAGAUACAUUCUCAGUGGCGGUGUCGUUCCUGACGGGGAAAGUGGUGUACGUGUCCCCUCAGGCCCCGUCGCGUCUGUGCUGUAAGCCGGAGCAGCUGCAGGGGGCGCUGUUCUCCGAGCUGCUGGCCCCCCAGGACGUCAGCACCUUCUACAGCGGCACCUCGCCCUCCAAGCUGCCCGCCUGGCCCUCAUGCAACAGCAAUGACUCCCCAGGCGACUGUGCCCAAGAGAAGUCCAUGUUCUGCCGCAUCAGCGGCUCUAAGGGGAGCGAGGUGGAUGUGCGCUACUCCCCGUUCCGCCUGACGCCGUAUCAGCUGACCCUGCGCGACUCCGACAUCUCCCAACCGCAGCCCUGCGUCCUUCUCAUCGCUGAGAGGGUGCACUCCGGAUACGAAGCUCCCCGUAUCCCUGACGAUAAGAGGAUCUUUACGACCAGCCAUAGUCCGAGCUGCCUCUUCCAGGAGGUCGAUGAGAGGGCUGUUCCAUUGCUGGGCUACCUGCCCCAGGACCUGGUGGGGACCCCCAUGCUCUACUACCUGCAUCCAGAAGACAGACCUCUUAUGGUGGCCAUCCACAGGAAGAUCCUCCAGUUUGCUGGCCAUCCGUUCGACCACUCGUCAGUGCGCGUGUGUGCGCGUAGCGGCGAGUACCUGACCAUCGACACCAGCUGGUCCUCCUUCAUCAACCCCUGGAGCCGCAAGGUGGCCUUCAUCGUGGGACGCCACAAAGUCAGAACGAGCCCGCUGAAUGAGGACGUGUUCACGCCGUCUGCUCUGUGCGACCCGCGGGCCAUGUCCCUGUCGCCGGACGUGGCGCAGCUGAGCGAGAAGAUCCAUCGCCUGCUGGUGCAGCCGGUGCACAGCGGAAGCUCGCAGGGCUACGGCAGCCUCUGCAGCGCCACCGACCAGCACGCCAGCACCGGGUCCUCCAGCGACGGCGCCGGGCCCGUCCAGAAGCUCACCAGCAACCAGCCCCUCACACCGCAGAUGACUUUCCAGCAAAUGUGUAAAGAUAUACACAUGGUCAAAACCAGCGGUCAGGACAUGUUCAUGGAGUCACGCAACCGACCGCAGCCAUGCAGACAUUCAAACACAGUUGCCCGGGUGACCGUAAAAUCGUCGGAACAUUCCAAAGAGCCCCCCCAGGGAGCAGGGCUGCCGGCCCUGAAGCCUCCCGCCCUGCCCACCACACCCCCCAGGAAAGACCGCCUCACCAGCUACUCCUACCAGCAGCUCAACUGCCUGGACAGCAUCAUAAGGUACCUGGGCAGCUGCAACGUGCCCAACACAGUGAAGAGGAAGUGUGGCUCCUCCUCCUGCACCACCUCCUCCACCUCCGACGACGACAAGCAGAGGCAGGAGGCUGCUGGCGGCGUCAAAGCUAUAGCGGAUACGCUAGCGGCUGACGGGUCCAAGCCUGCGGACCCCACGCACGGCCUGACUCCCCUGGCCCUGCACUGCAAGGCGGAGAGCGUCAUCUCCACCACCUCCCUCUGCAGCUUCAGUAGCACCAUCGUACACGUCGGAGACAAGAAACCCCCAGAGUCAGAUAUCGUUAUGAUGGAGGAGGCUCCCACCACCCCAACCCUGCCACCCACCCCCACCCCCUCCACCCCCACUCCUGCCGUCAGUAGCAGCCCAGCACAGCCUCCUCUCCAAGCCGCCCUCUCCCCCAGCACCCCCACCACCACACAGCCAGACAAGGAGGCGCGCCGGGCAGGCUCCUCACCCACAGCAGGAGCCACAGCAACAGCAGGAGGUGGGGGAAGUGCUAGCAAGGUAGCACUAGGCCUCACGAAGGAGAUGCUGUCUGCUCACACCCAGAAGGAGGAGCAGGCCUUCAUCAACCGCUUCAGAGACCUCAACAAGCUACUGGAGCCUCAGCCCCAGCCUAUCUCGCCCAGACGCCCCUCUGCAACCACUGGAGGCAAAGGCGUGCGCAGCUCUCAGGAUUACCCCGCCGUGGGGACGUCCAGCAGCCGCAAGCGUGGCCGAGGCGGAAAGAGGCGAAAGCACCAGCCGGAGGGUUCCCAGGCGGGAGGUUUCGUGCCGCCCUUCAGCGUGCCGCCCCCUCGCGGCCCCGUGCCACAGCAGGCGGAGUUGCCAACCCCGGGCUGCUUCCCCGCCGGGCGCCACCUCUUCAUGGGCCCCCAGACCUCCUCGUCCUCCUGGCCGGCCUCCGUGGGCUCCCAGGCCAGCAUACCGCCCACCACCGUGCCCCAGUACGCCGCCCCACCAGGCUGCAUGCCUUACUACCCGAUGUACCCGGGGCAGAUGCCCACGUCCCAGGUCAUGCCGCCCAUGGCGCCCCCCGUCAUGGCGCUGAUCCUGCCCAACUACAUGUACCCGCAACUCAACACGCUGAUGCCGCAGAUGAGCUUGGCGGGAGGCGUUCCAAUGAACGCUCAGCCCAUGAUGCCAGACCUCAACUUCAACCAGGCCAUGUCCACGGGCACGCCUGGCGCGCCCCAACAUGCACUGCCGCAGAUGAAUCCUCUGGGCACCCCUCAGUUUAACCCGGCCAUGCUUCAGAUGAACCCAGCAAUGAACCCAGCGGCGAUGGGCCAACCGGGACUCAUGCCCUCAAUGAUGCCCUUUAACCUUGCCGGCAUGCCCGGUGCCGUCCCCCAGCCCUUCCACAACCCCAACAUGAUGUACAGUCCAUUUGCCAACGCAGCCUCCAUGCCCACCCCUGCCGCCCCCAUGACCUCAGGCCUCGCCAACCCCUUCGCCCCGACCCUGUCACGCCCCUGCACGCCGCAGUCGGCAGGACUGGCCAAUGGCGAUCGAGAGGAGGCGGACUCUCCGCUGUUCCACUCGAGAUGCUCCUCCCCCCUCAACCUGGUGCAGCUGGAGGAGCUGGCGGGGAACAGGGCAGAGAGCGUUGGAGUGGGGCUUCAGCAGACCCCGCCCCCUGGGGCAGGGGCAUCCCAGGGGAAGGUGGCGGGGGGCGUGGCGUCAUCGGUCAGCCGGAGCAACUCCAUGGACACCAAGGCACAAGACGAGAACGUGGACGAGUGCAACCAGGACGCCAUGUCCACCUCCAGUGACCUCCUGGACCUCCUAAUGCAGGAGGACUCACGCUCGGGGACCGGUUCCGCCGCCUCCGGCUCGGGCUCCUCUGGGUCGGGCAUGGGAUCCUCGGGCUCUGGAUCAUCAGGCUCCGGGUCCAAUGGCUGCAGUACCAGCGGAACCAGCGGCAGCGGAACAGGCUGCAGCAGCAACACCAGCAAGUACUUUGGCAGCGUGGACGACUCGUCGGAGAACGACCACUCGCAUAAGCAGGCAGGGGCGUCCGGUUCGGGGUCGGGCGGCGGCGGCGGGGAUGUGGUGGAGGAGCAGUUCAUCAAGUACGUGCUGCAGGACCCCAUCUGGCUGCUGAUGGCCAACACCGACGACAAGGUCAUGAUGACCUACCAGCUGCCCAGCAGGGACCGUGAGACGGUGCUCCAGCAGGACUUGGCCAUGUUGAAGGCAGUGCAGAAACAGCAGCCUCACUUCACUGAGCAGCAGAGGAAAGAGCUCAGCCAGGAGCACCCCUGGAUACUCACUGGGGGCAUACCUGACGCUAUUAACAUUACAUCCUGCGCCGACUGCAAUAGCACCACAGACGACCCCGACGCCUCUGAGACCGAAACCUUCCCCAAGCAGGUCACCGUGGACGAUCACCACGACGACGACCUCCCGCUGCCGGAGGAGACCACCACCCCCGACACUCCGGCGCUCGGGGACACCGCUGCCGACGUCACCGUCGUCCCGUCGGGAAACACGGCCGCGGACAUCGAGGCGUUAGUGCCAGAGCCAGAGUCAUCUCCAGUUCCCUCCCCGGCCCCGGCGCCGCGGCAACUGAGGUCCAGCAGCAGGGGCAGGAGGCCCCCACCUCCUCUGGUGGACGAGGAGCUGGAGGUCACGUCAUCUGUGGGGGUGUGCAAGGAGGAGUGAGGAGCACGGAGGACAUUUUAGGAUCCUUUUAGGAGAACCAAGAGUCCACACGGACACAGCAUGUGGUGGUGAUAAUGGAGAAAGCUCCUGUGAAGCCACCAGGCUCCCUGAUGCAGCCCAUGCUCACCCACAUCCCCUACAGGCUGUUCACACAGACACUGGACAGGACCCUGCAGGUCUUUAGCAUGUGGUGGUGAUAAUGGAGAAAGCUCCUGUGAAGCCACUCGCCAAACUGCCUGAUGCAGCCGAUGCUCACCCACACCCCCUACAGGCUGUAGACGGUCAUGGCAAGCACUGCAUUGCACUGCACUGCAAGCACUGAGUAUGAGUUGGCUGAGAUGAGCGCACACUCGGCUGUGUUUACUCAACUCUGGUAAAUCCAGAGGACGGAUGGCUAGCUCCAAAGUGCAGAGUGGGGGAGGGGAAUCUGUCUUUCGGGAUUCAGAAUUGCCCCAAUUUUUUUGGACAAAUGUUUACCUGGCCCCGUUCAAGUUUGUGACCUACCAGAAAAGUGGUGGGUGGAGAAGACUUAAAAACAUGUCUGUAUAUUCCACAGAGCUGAAGUUUUACCCAGGGCUUAGCGUGUUUGCCCUAAGGACACUGAGUCCAAGCGAAAACAUAGGAGAUGGAAAAAAACAAGAGACAGUUUUUUUGUGGCAAAUAAUGAUUUAUUUAUGUUGCUAUGGAUUUUUUUUUUAAAAGGCUACAUGUCCUAACUUGCACAAAGGCCUAGCUACUUUGAGUAACUAACUAUGGUAACCAUUGUUAAUGUUCCCACAUUCAACACUGGAAGUACUGGAAUGUACUUGAAUUUGAAAAGUUGGCGUGAAAGUUAAAGUUCGGCUGAAGUUCCACAUAGUUCUUCUAAUUGUUUUUUCCCUCUAAUUUCACUCAUCAAGCAAGUCAGAAACCCAAUCACUUGUUAACAUUUGUAACUGGUUUUGAAGAUGGCAUACGAUAGAGAAAUGUCAACAACCCCUUGCAGAGCACUGGUGGGGGCCUGGGAGUGACUAAGUGUCGUCAUAGUGACCAGUGUUGGUGAGCUAGCUGGACUCUCUCCAAAAAGCUGGUUGCUACACCCUGCCCCUCGGACUUUAUAGAAAGUUAAUAUUGUACGUUGGGUUACAUUAGGUCAACUCUCUGGCUCAUUAUUCAACUGCAGCAACAAUUCAGCUCUUAUUGUUUUUGCUCUCGAGGGGAGGCAUGUAGGAAAACUUUUAUUUUGUAUUUUAUUUUGAUAUUAUAUAUUUUAUUUUACUUUGUUGGCCUAUUUCUUUAAAAUAAUUUGUAAAUAAUGAAAAAAAACAUAUAACCUACAUUGUAGUAAUUUAUAUUUGUAGUAGUUGUAAUAAUGUUGUGCUAUGGUUAUGUGUAAAUACUUGAUGUACAAUAUACGAAACACUGUCUGUUUUUAUAGUGGGUGGAUAGAUCCCCUCUGGGAUGAAUCAUUUGAAUUGAUUUCAGGACCAUUUCUCCAGAUGGGAUGUUCUAUCCCCCAGACACGACUGUGGUGUUGGACUGUUAUUUUAAGAUGGUCUUUCAAAAAAAAGAUGUUUCCCUUUUUACGUUUGAAGCACUUCAAAAUGAUAUUUUUGUAUUUUUUAUCAACAAAGGAUCCCCUUUGACGCAUGCUUGCUGUGUGUUUGUGUUUUUCUUUCUAUAUAUACAUGUCAUUUUCUUUUGUUGACAAAGGGAUGAAAUAGACAGAGCCUCCGAUUUGUCAGGAGCUUAGAUAUGCGUUCCCAUGGAAACGGCAUUGUGUUGCUGGAUUGACAGCCGUUGCUUGAGGGAGGGGAGAAAAUAGAACAAAGGCUCACAUUUUCCUCAAGGUGACAUGAGUGUGUGUCUGUCUGUAAGACAGACAGAGAGAGCGAGAGAGUGAAGGAGUGUGUGUAAGAGACGGAUGUGUGUAAAUGAGAGCCUGGUAGAAGAAAGCCUUGAAGGGUCACAUGUUUUAAGGCACAUCUCAGUACGCUGACACAACCCUGGUGACGCAGGCUGUGGCGUGUUCCUGUGUGUGUCUGCAUGCGUGGCCUGGUCGCCUGCUGUGUGGUACAGGUGGCAGAUGGACAGCCCUGUGUGGUCUCAUUAGUGGUCAGCAGCGCUCUCGUGUCUUGCAUACAGUAGAUGCACACAGCAGUAGCAGUCCGGUCGUAGUCAAACAUACUCGCCUUUCUAUAGGUGUCGUGCACAUUAAGGAGCACUCAUCUUUCUAUAGGAAUCGUACACAUUCAGGAUGGAGGUGGUUUGCACAGCUGAAGACAGUAGGUGUCACAGGUGCUAGUCAGACAAGGGUAGCAGAUCUUUUAGAUGAGGUGGUGAUUGAAUACACGUUGGUCUAAAAAAACUUUAAAAAAAAGAUUUUGAAGAUUUUAUCUGAAAGAAAUGCAUCAACGUUUUGACCCCGUCUGCUCUUCCUCCACCUGUCUUCUUCGCACACCUCUAGUGCUUUUUCAGACCCCAUAUGCUCUUUAUAGGAUUAGUAGGAAGCACCCACCGUAGCCCUGUACACAUAGGAGUGUGCUAAUGAGAGCACUAACUGCGCUUGCUGAUUUAAAAAAAAAAUUAUUAUUUAAAAAUGCUCCUUGUGUACCCAUGCCUGCUUGAGACCUGCAGUACAUUGAGAUUGAGAUUUAAUACCCUGUCUAGAAUCAGGGCCCGGGUUGGGAUCAAGGCGUUCAUUUUUUAUUAUUAUUGUUAUUUGGGAAGGGGUGGGAACUGGUUGGGUGUCUGUGUUGAUUGAUGGGCAGUGUGACCACUGUUUCACAGGCCAUGUGUUCACUGCCAUGUGACUUUGAUUUGUACAUAAAUAAAGUGUAUUUAAAUCCA